AUGAAUCGCAGCUUAGCACUAGUCGCUAUUGUAAAUGCGGCGACAUCGAAAAAAGUACAGUUGAAAAACAAAAAGUUGUCCAGUGGUAGAAAACGUGUAACGUGCGGUUCCUCAAGACAAGAGUCAUUUCAAACGACGCUGAAGAGGCCUUUGGGCUUAAUUUUGCAGCCACAGAACGACGAUAAGGGUGCUUAUGUUGCCGACAUCUCUCCAAGAAGUCACGCGGCUGAUUGUGGUAUUAUUUCGGUGGGUGAUAUUAUUGAUGCGAUUGAAAUAAACAACGUCGCUUUGACGGGUUGUAGUGGUGUGUACUUCGACGACAUCAUCUCCUUCAUAUCUACUCAAAAAAGUGUGCAAGUCAAGCUCACGUUUUCACGACCUGAGACUUUUUCGAUAGAAUCUGAAGACAUGGCCUCUUAUUGGGAAAAGAAGCGAAAUGAAAGGUUGAAUAGUCCAGCUGUCUUGCGUCGAACGGUUGGCGUGCAGCCCGAGGAUAUACGAAUAUCAAAAUCAGGACCACUUGGUGAAGGUAGUUUUGGCACUGUGUUCCGUGGUACGUGGAAGGAAAGAGAUGUCGUGUUAAAAUGUGCAAAAAGAAAUGUGUAUGGUGCGACUGAGCUCUUAGACGCAGAGCUUGAGCUGAACGAGGCAGUUCACAAGUUGGCGAAGGGAUCGUGUGCUCGAUUCUUCGGCUGUUGCGAAAUAGAUCAGCGUCAAGAAGGUCAGAUCUACAACGGUACGCUACCAGCUGGCCUUUGGCUAAUGUGGGAAUACUGUGGCUCGGUUACUCUUGGGGAAGCAUUGCGUAAACCUGAAACACUCGAAACAAUUACUCGCAAAGCUUACAAUCUUUCACAAAGUACAACUGAGUGUGAGAUGAUAAAACUCGUUCUGCGUUCGAUUCUGAAGAAUUUGGAGAGUUUACAUUCGGUGGGUAUUGUACAUCGAGACAUCAAGCCAGAUAAUAUAGUUUUCUCAGAAGAAGGUGGAGUUGUGUUCAUCGACCUGGGUGCCGCUGCUCAGUGCUUGGGAGUUCCUAAAAACUAUGUUCCCGGUGAAGGACCAGCCGACCCUAGAUACUGCUCUGCAGAUGAUAUAUAUUUGCUUCCUUCGACUGCACCACAACCAACUGCAGACAAUUUAAGUGAACUUUGGGAAAUAUAUCAACCUGGAAAAUUCGACAUGUUCAGCGUGGGUAUCGUCAUGCUACAGCUAUGUUUCCCGUAUCUCCGUGAUUCUGAACGCUUACUAACAUUCAAGAACGAAGUUGCUCGCCAUCGUUAUGAUCUGAGUGAGUGGCGAACACAUGAUCGUGUGGUCGUGAGCUCAAGCUGUAGGGGAGAGGCUUUACUUGACGCAGCACAAGGUGCGGGAUGGGCGCUUGCGACAGCGCUACUCACACCCAAACGAGAAGAUCGUAUCAGUGCACUAGACGCAAUCAGCCAUAGCUUUUUUGAUUAG